AUCAAUGAAAAAAAAAAAAAAAAAAAAAAACUCAACUGAGCAACUGGGUUCCAAGGAAGGAUGUCGUGUGCAAAUUAGCCAUAGAGAAUAAGUCCUGAAACGAAAGGAAAGAGUUGUGAUAUUAAAAAUGAGAGCUUCCAGUGACAAUGUGGAUACAAAGAAAUUGCCUAAUGAGGGAGACCAUGCUGGAGAAGCAAAGGUGAGGAAGGAUGGUUUCCGGGCCGGGGGGGGAGAAUGUGAUCCAUCUACUAUGUGCACGGAUGAGGAUAGGAAGUUUGUUGCACGUUUGCAAGUUCCAGGAAAUGGACUUGGGGAUAAAAAGAAAAGAAAAGGGAAGGGUGGGGGCAAAGAAAUCAUCUGUUUGCCAUUUGCUGGAGUAUUGGUGAAAGUUUCUGUUAGAGAUGGGGGAACCGGAAACGUGAUUGUCCUAAAGGAGGGGAGUAGUAAUUGCAGCCUCGAUUUUAAGGAUUUGAUUGCCCUCAAUUCUGUAAAUGAUUCUGAUGAAUCUGCCAAGUCAUACAUAAGCUUCAUAUCGCGAAGCCCUGAUACUGUCACAGUAUUCUUAGCUGCACUGCUAAUGCUGGCAUCAGGUUGGAUGUGCUUCAGUGUCCAGAAGAGGCAUCUUUUAAACAGUCACUCAAGAUACCAAAAACUGGAUACGGGGCUGCCUGUUUUAGCCAGGGCCAAGACAGAGGAUGAUGUCAAUGAUGGAUGGGAUAACAGCUGGGAUGAUAGUUGGAAUGACGAGGAGGCACCCCAUACGCCCCCGAUGCCAGUCAUUCCUAGCCUCUCGUCCAAAGGCCUUGCUUCACGACGCCUGAACAAGGAAGGUUGGAAACACUAGUUGCCAGACUUUCAUAUACAAACGAUCAAAUUUGAUGGUGGAAUAUAAUGUUAGUCUUUCAGAUUCGGGGGUUUCAUGGAGAGCCUCUGCUUCUUUGUUUUUUCCCCAUUUUUGGAUAUAAAAUCCUAAGGGAAGCUUUAACUUGAGUUAGGCCUUCAUGAUUAACAGCACUGGAGAUGUUUUCUUGAUUUUGAGCAUGGCAAAGUUUCACGUGCACGUAUCAUACUACUAGUUCUAAUAAAGUGAUAAUGGGCUC